AUGAGUUCUCUGUACUUGUGUCGUGAUUGUUCGGGUGCAUUUCACAGUAUGGACGAGUUGCAGAGGCACGAACGCGAGGAGCAUGAUAUGGAAGAAGAGCAAGGAGAAACGACCAUGACGAUGGAUGAGCAAGAGAAAAUGAAUGUUGAUGAUGAGAUCACAAUGAUCCAAAUCAAAAUAGAAGACACGGACAGUCUAUCCGACACCGAUUCCUCUCACGUCUCCAUGAAUCCAACGACGCCUUCAGUACAAUCAGCAUCAGGAGAGAGAGGGCGGUAUGAGUGUGAAGAGUGUCAUGAGAUGUUUCUGGUGAAAAGAGAAUUAGCAACACAUAUGAGGAUUCACAGUGGAGAGAAACCACAUAGUUGUACGCAGUGUGGGAAAGAGUUUGGAACUCGGCAGUUGUUGAAGAAGCAUUGGAUGUGGCAUACAGGAGAGAGAUCACACGUCUGUCCACACUGCCAUAAGGCUUUUUUCCAGAAAGGUCAUCUCACUCAACACUUGAUGAUUCACUCCGGUGGCAGACCUCACGAGUGUCCACAGUGCCAUAAAACAUUUAUUUUUAAAUUUGAUUUGAAUCGACACAUGAAGAUUCAUCAGGAACGAGGUUUCUCGUGUCAGCAGUGUGGGCGGUCGUUUUUGAAGCAAGCAAUGCUGGAUGAGCAUCAUUUGAAGUGCAAAGGAAAACCGUCUUCCCCAAUCCGUUCUCUUCUGACGCCUACAAUGAAAGCUGGGCUUGAAUCAUUCUCAGUGAAGCAAGAACCGAUUGUUCUGUCGCCUGAAACAAUUGCAAAGAUGGCCCAGAAGUUGCUAAUCCAACAACAAGAGAAUCAGAGAAGCGCGUUGAACAAUCUUCUGGUGAAGCAACAACAAGAGAAUAUUCUGAACAAUAAUAACAAUAAUGAGACCAAUAUUUUGAAUAACAAGGAUUUAGCAUUUGAGACACCAGUUCCUGCUCUUCCCUUAAACCUUACUUGUAUGCUCUGCAAGUCUCAAUUCAACAAUCAGUCAUCAUUCACUCUCCACAUGUACAUGUAUCAUUUUGCCAAUCAGAAUACCAACUUGUCCCUGGACUCUACGCUUCUGAGCUUUCCCCAACAUCAUCAUCCUGUCCUUCAAACAGCAACAACUAUCGAUCCCGUCACCCUUGGCUCCGAUUCCGACCCAGCCACAGACACAUCUUGCGCGUCUAGCCCUCAGAAGACGUCACCUCUUCAACUUCUGGAGUCAACGUGUCUGGAUCAGAGCUCAGUGAGCCCAAUGAGUUCAUCAGGGGCGUCUCCACAACCAACGGCUUCUGAAUCGUCGACGACGUCGUCGUCGUGCAAAGACUGCUCGAAUAGUUGGCAGAGGAUUCAAGACUUGGAGCAGCAAGUGUUGAAGAAGGACGAGGAGUUUGAGGCGUAUAAGAAGAUGACUAAACAGCUCAUCACGAACGUCUCAAGCUACUUGACCUCAACACAAACUCCUGAAAACAUGUUCAUGAUGAACGCAGCCAACGUCUUCACGCAAAUCAAGAAUUCUCUGUAG